UUUCGCAAACCUCUGCUAAAACCCCUCCCCUUCGUCUUCCUCAUGCUCUGCAACUCCAGGAGGACUGGACGAUGGGCUGAAGCAACGGCGCGCGUUCGGCAUCAUCGGUUCCAUCCUCUAACCUGCGUCAUCUUAUGCGCUGGUCUCGUCACGAGAUUGCUCGUGAAGAAGUCUGUUCUUGCUUGCUCUACAUAGCACGACCUUCAUAUCUUGUGCUUAAAAGUAGCUACUGUACGGGUUCUGUCAAUACUGCUAUUAGCUACAGGAGAGAGUAUAACAGCUCGGCCUUGUCAGAAUCACAUAGUGGGAGGCUUUCUAACCACAGUCAAGUCGUAAAUCUUCCAUCUAGAAGGGAGUUGAGCAAUCUGGGUUAUUCUCUGAAAGUUGCGAGUGGUGGACCGAACUCUAUUCUCCAAGCAAAUGCUUUUCAACAUUGGUUCAAAAAUUGGCAAGAACUAAGGAAAAAUAAGCUCACAGCAAGCACUUUUGGUGCAGCGAUUGGUUUUUGGCGUCAGCGAAGAGUCCAGCUCUGGUUAGAAAAACUUGGUUUGAUCGAGCCAUUUUCUGGUAACGUGGCUACCUGUUGGAAUAAUAUAAAGGAAGAGGAGGCGCUUGAAAGGUACAAGCUUAUCACUGGAAAUAACGUCAUUUUCCCCGAGUUUCAAGUUUAUGGAAAUGAUAAUUCCAAAGACAGUUGGCUUGCUGCUUCACCAGAUGGAGUAGUUGACCAACUUGUUUAUGGCUUGCCCUGCAAUGGAGUUCUGGAGAUCAAGUGCCCAUUCUUCAAAGGAGAUAUGAGUAGAGCUUCCCCAUGGUCUCGGAUUCAUCUAAAUUACAUUCCUCAAGCGCAAGGUUUGAUGGAGAUUUUGGACAAGGAUUGGAUGGAUUUCUAUGUAUGGACUCCCAAAGGCAGCAGUCUUUUCAGAAUAUACCGCGAUAAGGAAUACUGGGAUCUUUUGAAGCUUGCUCUUUCCGAUUUCUGGUGGAAGCAUGUGCAGCCAGCAAGGGAAAUGUGUAGUAAAUGUGAGAUAACUGAUCCCCUAUAUCAAUUAAGAUCGUUUCGACCAGCACCGAGGCAUGAAUUAUGUAGUCGUAUUGUCUGUGAAAGCAAACGUAUUGUGGACUCAUCUAAACUAUUGGUUUAUGAAAUUCACGGGAGACUCCAACAUUGACAUCUGGACAGUCAUAUAAUGAGUUAUAGAAACUUUUGGCCCGGCUUAAUAUGGUCAAACAUCAUCUCAUGCAUAAUGGAAGAUUUGAUCAGGACUUUAAGAUACAGAAGCAUUUUUGAUAUAGAUUCAUGUUACUGGACUUUAUGAUAGUUAAGCAAUCUAUGCGGAAUGCAGGGUAAAGAUUCAGACUUUUCCUUUCACCGGACCUACAAUGCUGGAGCCUAUUACACCAAAACGCUGCUUUGUAGUAAUGCUGAAGUAGACUAUUUGAUAAUGCCAUGGGAGGAUGGGUAGCAUUCUCAUUCACUGUAAAAGAUUGUCCUAAAAAGACAGGGACGCUUUUGUGUAAGCAUCAUUGGCCUUGAGGCUCAUGGGUGCAAAACUCCUUGACUGAGAUUUUGUGUCUUCACCCAAGAUGAGAAUGGAAACUGGGAUCGAAGAAAGCUUGGAAAUCAGUGGUUCCCCGUCGUUAAGAGGCAAAUCAGCAAAACCCAGUUUUGCUUCCUUUCCAAGGAAAAGUCUUGACUAUGGUCCGGGUUAUUGACCAGUUUAUCUCAAUGUGUAUGAUUAGACCAAAUGAAUGGAUAUGUUUACCGGGUUGGACUUGGCAUCUUUGACUCUGGUGUAGAGGUUCAUGGUGUGGAAUAUGCAUUUGGAGACCAUGACUAUCCAAGCAGUGGCGUUUUUGAGGUUGAACCUUGGCAAUGCCCUGGCUUCAAGUUUAGAAAAUCAAUAUUCAUCGGGACUACCUCCUUGGACCCUACUCAGGUUAGGGAGUUCAUGGAAAACCAUGCUGCAAGCUACAAUGGUGAUACAUAUCACUUGACUUUAAGAAUUACAAACACUCACGCAAGGAUGUUUGUCACAAGCUGGCAGGGAAACUGAUUCCAAAAUGCGCCAAUUGGCUUCCACGAAUAGGUUCUGCCUGCAACUUACUUCCCAAAAGCCCUUAACGUCACUGCGGUAAGUUGACCCCAACUGCCAACCAUGCGAAAGUGAGAAGCAGGAGGUUAAUAAGCAACUUCAUUUGCCUGUCUACGGUAUUGAUGAGGCAGAAACAGUUUCCAUUUCCUCAUUAUUGCUCCGUUCUCCCUUGAGAGGCUGUCUACUAUCUUGGGAACUCAAAAAGUCUAACAAUGUCUCCUUGAAGGAAAGGUGAGAGAAUGCCAUGACUGAAUUGCAGCGCGAGUAAUCACGGUGUUCUGGGAUGUUCAGUGUCUGGUUUUGUGUAUAGGCUCAAGCACUGUGGCUUCUCACAUUUGCUUAUGCUGCUCUGGUUAGAAAUGAAGCCUUUUGCCAAAUUGUGGGACAUGUUUAUGAAUUCCUUAAUUCUCUGCAGAAGACAAUCAUAUGAACUCGGAGAGAGUGAUCUGUAUACAAUUAGGAUUCUAUGAGUAAGCGGUGUGCUUGUUCCCUAGGUUUUCUGUACCAAGCUCUUGUAAAGCAUGUGCUUACAAGCUCUGUGCCAAUGGAAUGAGAAAGGAUUCUGCGCGUCCAUCUUGUAAAUGUGCUUACUCUCUUUGCCUUAGAGGUUCAAUCGUCUUGACUCUUGAAUGAAGAAAUUCUGCACUUAUCCUCC